AUGGAUACCAAAACAAGCCCACCUCAACCACCGCCCGUCUUUACUACCUCGGCUGAGACUGUCCUCGAGGAAACACAGUUGGCAAUUCACACCUUCCAGAAAGCUCUCGAUCAUAUAGCUCAGGUUGUCAGUAUCGAACAUGCGACCUUUGAAAGCGUGCUUCGUCCCCUCGCUCACGCCGAAAACGCCUACCUAUCACAAUCGUACAUUCUAGGGUUCUACCAGUACGUCACUACCGAUGAAGCCCUUCGGGAAGCCUCAAGCAAAGCCGAGAGGAUAUUCAACGACUUCAAUCUAGACAGACAUAUGCGGGAGGAUAUAUUUGCUCUAGUAGCUGCAGUGAAAAGCACCCCAGGCAAGACACAUGCCCUCGACCCUGAAUCAGAACACUUCUUAACCAGGCUACACCAUGACUUCAUUAAGAACGGAACAAAGCUCUUAGGGAGUGAGAAGGAACAAUUCCGCGAGAUCCAGGCUCGUAUUACUGAACUAGCUGCUGAAUUUGGGAAUAAUUCCUCUCAAGCCGACGAUGGUGGUGUCUGGUAUACGCCUGAGGAGCUGCAGGGCAUUCCAGAGGAUCGGCUAGCCCGAUUAGAAAAAGGCAGUAACAAAAACGGGCAUGAAGGUGAAUUGUUAAUCACAUUCCUAGAGCAUGUAGGUCUCGUCCUAAGAUUCGCUACCAACCCUGAGUCAAGAAAGAAGAUGCGAACGGCCUUGGAUAAUCGAUGCAACGAAAACAUACCGUUAAUUAAGGAAGUCACUGUUCUACGUGAUAAGGCUGCUAGACUGCUAGGAUACCCUAACCACGCUGCUCUUGAACUUGAAGAGAAGGUGGCUAAGACUCCCGAGACAGUCAACAAGCUACUAGAGAACCUCCUUACACAAUUAUUACCGCUUGGUAUAAAGGAGCUUGAAAAGUACAAGAAAAUAAAGCAAGCAGAUCUCGAAUCACGCGGCGAGAUCUGGGACGGUCGGUACUAUGUCUGGGAUCAGCCAUACUAUAACAGGAAACUGCUAGCCGCAGAGUAUUCUAUCGACUACGAGGCGAUUGCAGAAUAUUUCCCACUUAAGCCCACUAUCCAAAGUAUGCUCAAGAUCUUUGAGCAGCUAUUUGGCUUAGUAUUCCGAGAAGCACGUCCUAAAACGCCCGAAGAACAAGCAAAACUCCUAUGGCAUGAAGAUGUUCGGCUCUUUAGUGCCUGGGACGAUGAGAUGGAGGGUGGAGACUUUCUCGGUUACUUGUACCUGGAUCUUUACGCGAGGACUGGCAAACCCUGGGCUUCUGCCUUCCCGGUUAUACCAGUAGGUAUCGACUCCGUAGAGGUAAUGUUACAGGAGAUGCUUACACUUAUUAUCAGGGUUAUACUCGAUUAG